CAUUACACUCGUCAAGGAAAGGCCGUACGCGUAUAGAGUAAACCUACGUGGUUGGGGAUAAUUCAUAUAGAAACCUGCGUGCCUCCCUGAUUACCUCUGCCCUUCAGAAACCACUGCAUCGCAGAAUACAGUUGUUCUCAAUACCGAAAAUCCUCAGUCUUUCGACCCUCUCCUCUUCAUCGACGAGUACACCAUCACAUAUCGCUCGCUCAUCACCAAUUAUCACCAAAGCAAAGAUGGAGAGAAUCGCCAAUAUGCCCUUGUUCGACAACCGGCACAUGAUGAAGGUCCACAUUGUGCAAAUCAUUGUGAUUCACAUCGUCAUGGGACUUUCGGGCGCAAGAAUAUCCCUCAAGGGCGGCCCGGUUACUCGCACGAACACCAUGUCUUUGGGUAUAUCCGUGAAAUCAAUGGUCUUCAUCAUCUACCAAAUCGCAACGCAGCACUGGGCCCGAGGCCGGGGCUUGGCUUCCCUGAAAGCCAACUCCAUUCUCAACGGCCUUGAGCCCGUCUUCUGGGGCGCCGUCGUCUUCAUGUCCAUCCAGGGUAACAUCCAGCGCUGCAUCGGAACUAGCUGCAUUCUCAGCUGGGUGAUUGUCGGGUGCGGUAUCUUCCUCAACCUCCUGGCCGCAUACACUGCCGUUGUCUCCUUCACCGACUUUCGAUACUUCCGCCGCACCGGCACGACCCGUGGUGUCUCUGUCGACCGCAAGGCGCCAAUGCACACCGAGGAGAUCACUUCAACUGGCUCGGUUGAAGACCAGAAGAUGGGACAGCCGAGAAGAAAGGUCGAGAGGAUGUAA